AAGAGCUCGCUGACGCGGUUGGUCAUCAUCCUGUGUCGCCAUCUCCGCACCUCUACGAUCAAUGUCCCGAUCAUCUUCCUCCGUUUCCCUUUCCUCUCUCUCUUCGAUGCAUGUGCUGCCUCGCAGGCCGGGGCCCCACGUCGCUCGUCUCGUCGCCCUCUCCCCUCUUCCAUUCAUUCUUUCCUCACUAGCGCCUCCACGACGACUGCGCUCUCUCGCUCGCUUUCGAUAAGAGUGCGGGAAAAGAAGAAUAGGAAGAGAAAGGAGAGGGAGGAAGGGGGCGAAAUCGAUCACCGACACAGCCAACACACCGCGUCUCUACCUGUAUCCUGUACAAAACAACUCGCAACGCUCUACAGACGUUAUUACUUUGGAUGAGAGAUGAGUCACACAUCCCCAUUCAUAUCGCCAGUGACCAUCUCAAUUAUUGUCCAUAUGAAUGUGAACGUUGUCGCUUUGCAAAGUUUCCUACCGAGUUCGCUCUCGUUUCGCACUGCAAGAAUGACCAUGGGUUGAAAGAGUUCUUUGUGCGCUAUCGCUACACACCAGAAGGUGAGCGAAAAACCUUGGAGUUAAGGUUGAAGAUUCGUGCAUCGCUAAGAUUGCGGUCAGACGAACAACACCUGGGACUAGGAACAUCAAACGGGCAUGGUGGAUUGUUGCCUGUAGAAAAGUAUGAAGAUCCUGACAGCUUCCCAUCAUCGGUCGAUCCAUCAGGAUCGUCCUCCGACCAUGCGACUGGGGGCCUGCAACAAAGCUCCGGCUCUUCGGGCAGUACUGGUGGUGUUGUGCCCCCAGCCACAUCUCCGACAAUUCCGAUCACUCCGACUUCAGUAACGCCUCAUAUCCAGCAGAAUGUGCUAAACUCUGUCAACACUUUGCAACAUGGCUUGAGCUUCGGAGCUUCGAACAACGCUGCUUCUCAGCUUCAUGUGCCUCAUCUGCCCGCUUACGGUGGUGCCUUCUCGGCGUCCGCUGGCGUUUCAUCAUCGGUUCUGGAGUUAUCUCCGAUGGAUUUUGCCAGCGAUGCAAUGAAUUCUGGCAUGGACUUCGCUGCACUAAUAGGAGAGGGUGAAGAGCUAGUGCGGAAACCGAAAGAUGCGGUCACGUGCCAGAUAUGUGGUUUGAAAGUGUCGAAUCAAAGAUCGAGUCUUGUGUACCAUGCCAACACAAAGCACAUCAAGCUCAACCUGUACCAGUGUGCUGUAUGUCAAAAAACAUGGCAAACGAUUGCAAAAUCUGAUGUUCUGAAGCACGUCAAGGCAAUACAUAACGGAGACGAGAGCAUGAUCAUUGACAAUCGUAAGAGACUCGGUUACCAGUUGCGAAUGUUCACAGCACGGUGCUUUCCACCGAAACCUAGCAACAAAGCUAAACCUCUCACGGCAGGCUGCUCUCCACCUCGUCCAAGCGGCUCAGAAUCUGACUACAGCAACCUUCACUCCGAGUCAGCAAGUCAAAUUUUGCAGUCAUUCAUUGGAGCAAGUAGUGGCAACGCAGUGACUAUUCCCAAAGAAGAACCAGAUAUGGAUCAUGACGAGGGCGAACAUGAAGAAGGAGGAGAUGGCCUAGAUGAGGUUGACAACACUUUUGGAGAAACCACCGUUAUGCAAGCUGCUCUGGCUUGUAUGGUAGCGCAACAACAGCAACAACAGCGAGAACAACAGCAACAGAAUGCGCAACCGGAACAUCCUUGACAUGUCUCUGAACUGCUACUGAUUGCUGCAUCGUUCCGGUGUGAGCGAUUUUUUAGAAUCUCUCAAGAUUUUCGUAGUUAUAUGCGAGACAUUGCUGAAGCUUGUUGUCAUUUUCUUAUCUUGUUGUUCUUCCAAAUCAUACUUGCGAUACCGUUUCUGGGGCACCCGCCAGAAUUCGCUGAAAGCGCUCGAAAGUGCUCAAAUGCCCAAACGCGCUCAAAUUUUUAAAAUCUUUCUUCAUUCUCACUACACCUCACACAG